AAGCGGGACUAUGCCUUUGCAACUGGGUCGAGAAUAAGGCUGCAGUAAGGGCUUUUGAUGGUUCCCCACAAAGUGCAAUUAAAACUCCAAGGGCUUGUCUAGAUUACUAUGCAUAAAUAGACAAAAUGGCUUCCUGUAGUUUCAGGAUUUCUCGGGCCAGGGGCUGUUGAAGAGCCUUAUUAUAGUUACAGAAGAUCUGUUCACAUCUGAACUGUGGUUCUGAAAUCAUCUUGCUGGGUGGAGGCCACUUUUGUGCAGCCACGCCCAGUGCCUUAGUGGGGUCCACCUGACUAACCCAAACCAUCCCACCAGGCCCCUUUCAGGUGAGUCCUGUGCCUUAUUUAUGUCUGUAUCCCACAGUUCAACGAAUGAAUGAACACAUUCUAACUUGACUAUUCAAGAGAAUAAAAGUAUUAUUCAAGACUCAGAAAAAUAAAAUAUAGGUGGGGGCUGGGGGAGUAAGGAAACUUUAGGGGCCAAGGAAAAAUUCCCCUUUCACCCUCCAAAGGUUUGCUGAAAAUCAACUGAUGAAAGACAGAUUAGUAGGAAAAAACGCAUACAAAUUUAUUUGAUCGUAGUUUUACACGACACGGACGGGAGCCUUCAGAAGACCCAAAGAUACAGGGGAAAGUGGGCAUUUUUACGCUUGGGUAUCAACAAAGUAUGAGCAGCUGUGUAGAAAUAUGAAUGGACAACAGGGGUGCGAUCUAAUGAAAAUAGACUGAGUGGGGAAACCUAGCAUGGCCUCCCCGUCUAGAUUCUUCUUGGCCUGUCUGAGCAUUCGUCCUUUUUUCUGGGUAUGGAGGGCAGGACCCUCUCUGGAAUGAGGAUCUUAUGACCUACAAUCACACAAGUAGGUCAGAUAAUUUCACUGUGGCCACUUUUUACACAGAAAGGCUGAAACAAUCUGAAUACAGAGCACGAAGGGAUAUUUUGAUAAUUCUUAGAGGUAUCCAAAUUGUUACUCAGCAAAAAAACAGGUCUCUUUCUAGGAGGGCAUUCUGCUGCUAACAAAUAUGAUAUUCUUUGUAUUUUUUCCCCCAAAAGAAUUUGAGAUUUGGGAUUGAAGUUUAUCUUUAGUUCCUCUACUCAAUUCCGACCUACAGGGUCAGUGGUUACUCUAGAUAAGAACAGCCUCAUCCUCUCGAUGCCCCCAGAGCAGGGGUGGAGGGUGGGCGGGAAGUGGCCAGAAUUGGGUGAGCGCACCCUAGAGGCCUCCUCCUCCUCCCUAUUCAGUUACUCCCCCCUUCUUCUCCAGAUCUGGGAAGCCUUCCAGCUGGGGGCAGCAGGACAGCCUCCAUUCCCCCCGAGCCCGCCUCCCACCCCCGGGAGAGGUGGUGUUGGAAGAAUGCCCUCCUAGAAAGAGACUUGGGUUUUGCUCCCUAGGAGCCCUGAAAUAGCUUUGGCCAGAAUUCCACAUCUCCCAUUAGAACCUCUGCUUUGCGUCCUUUGUUAACCUCCAAGUCUACUUGGUGAAAACGGCCCACGAAGAAGUGACAAGGACUUUGUUCCUAGUGUGCCGGGUUUGGGCACCAGUGCUGUAGUGGCUUUCUCUGCUGUUCCUUGUGCAUCAGCAGACAGAUGUGGUUCACACAGGAAGAAGGACUAAUGUAGGCAAAGAUUUGCUCUUUCUUCAGCAGCUCCGUAAAGACGGCGGCCUGGGUGAUUCACCACUCCUUCCUCACGUCCUUGAUUUUAUUUGAACUGAGCUCUAGAUGCUCCUCCCACCCUUUUCCUCUUGGAAGCCAAACCCCUUUGUAAUCUGUAUAAGGCCCACACCGCAGGAGCUGAGUGAUUGCAGAAACUGGCCUUCCAUCUCUCUCAGACACCAAGCUGCAGAUCCAGGUAAGCAGCCCAAGAGGUGUUCUCAGGUGCCGCUUCUGCUUCAGGGUUGGAGAGGAGGGAGCUAGGGUCAGUCCACAGCACUGACAAAGCUUGGAUGAUGCUAGCGCUGAAAAAAUGUGGCCCAGGCAAACAUCAGCUGGGGGCAGAGGGGUCAGGAUGGAACGUGCAGGCUGCAGAGCAUCCAUGGGACUGGAGAAGAAGGAGCCCCCAAGUUGGGGGAGGCCAGCAUUUCUCUUUGGAAUACAAUGGAAUCUUUUAUGAUGCCAGUGUCAGGCACUGGCCUGACUUCCGUUAAUGCUGUAAGACAACAAGGCUCUGUCACCCAUGGUCCUGGAUGUCGGGGAUACAAUUUGGUUCAUGAUUUAUUCAAACUGAUGUUUCGAUGAGCCAUUUGAGCACUGGGUACAAAUGUAUUUUGGAUCAAAGAAACUCCAGUAUUCAAAGAUAGUAACUGACAGGAUUUUAGGUCACUUCGUAGGUCACCACCUAGAGGGGAGGAAGACCUCGCUUUGCAGAGUGGGAAUAAAACGCUCGUGGAGAAGGGUACACGCUUUUCCGGGAAAGUGAGGCCACCAUGGCUCUGGAGAAGUCUCUUGUCCUGCUCCCCCUGCUUGUCCUGAUGCUGCUGGUGCUGGGCUGGGUCCAGCCUUCCCUGGGCAAGGAAUCCCGGGCCAAGAAAUUCCAGCGGCAGCACAUGGACUCAGACGGUUCCCCCAGCAGCAACUCCACCUACUGCAACCAAAUGAUGAGGCGCCGGAAUAUGACACAGGGGCGGUGCAAACCAGUGAACACCUUUGUGCACGAGCCCCUGGUAGAUGUCCAGAAUGUCUGCUUCCAGGAAAAGGUCACCUGCAAGAACGGGCAGGCCAACUGCUACAAGAGCAACUCCAGCAUGCACAUCACAGACUGCCGCCUGACAAACGGCUCCAGGUACCCCAACUGUGCAUACCGGACCAGCCCGAAGGAGAGACACAUCAUUGUGGCCUGUGAAGGGAGCCCAUAUGUGCCAGUCCACUUCGACGCUUCUGUGGAAGACUCCACCUAAGAUCAGAGCGGCGAGAUACCCCACCUCCCUCAACCUCAUCCUUUCCACAGCUGCCUCCUCCCUCUUCCUUCCCUGCUGUGAAAGAAGCAACCCCAGUCAGGGCUCCUAUUCAACACACGCAUGCUUCCCUUUCCUGAGUCCCAUCCCUGCGUGAUUUUAGGGGUGAAGAGUGGGUUGUGAGGUGGGCCCCAUGUUAACCCCUCCACUCUUUCUUUCAAUAAAACACAGUUGCAAACACCUGA